CUACCCCCCGCAGUCUCUACCAAAUAAACCAAGAACGGAAUAUCACUCCCAUCUACUCGGACUUCUUCGAACCUCCACCAUCAAUCCUUCACGAUGCAGCUUACUUCCAAGGUUUCCAUCGCCCUGCUGGGUGCUUUCGCCGCCGUCGGUGAGGCCAACAACCACGGCUUCCAUGCGCGCCAGAUGAACUUCCACCCUGGUGGCUACAGCAACCAGACUGUGUCGACCUCCGUCGUCCCCGUCUACCCGACUCCCGAGCACUCCAGCGCUCCCGUUGCCCCCAGCGCUCCCGCCAGCUCCCCCGCCGGAGUCGCUGCUAGCUCCCCCAUCAUCGGUGGUCACUACGCCAGCAGCUCCAGCUCUGCUGCUGUUGUUGGUGCUUCCUCUGUCGCUCCCGUGCCCGUUCCCCUCGGCACUGGUGUCUCCAGCAGCGCCCCCGUCUCCGCCCCGGCUGCUGCUGCUACUGGUAGCAACGGUGUCUCGACUGAGUACGACACUGUGACUUCCACCAAGGAUGUCACUCUCACCUACACCCUGGGUUCUGGUUCCACCCAGAGCGUCGUCACCACCACUAUCCACCGCACCGUGACUGACGUCGAGACCAUCUACGUGACCCCCUCUGCCAGUGCUUCCUCCACUGCCCAGGACACCACCGUCACCUCUGACACUACCGUCUACUCGACCUCCACCGACUACGAGACCUACACUCUCUACGCGGUCCCUACUUCUUCCGCUGCCGCUGGUAGCUCCGCCCCCGCGGGCUCUGCUGCCGCUGGCGAGACCUGUGCUCCGGUCACUGUUACUGUCCAUGACACCGUCACUGUGACCGCCACUCCCACUCCCAUCUCCACCCCCGACAGCGUUGCCAAGAUCGAGGUCAGCUCCGUGUCCACCAGCGAGGAGGUUGAGACCACCACCCAGGCCGAGGCCACCACCCACAGCAAGCCCACCGUUGUCCCCACCCCCAGCGCCCCUUACGGCCACAGCAACGGCACCUUCCCUUUCCCCAGCGGCGCUGCCCGGCCCACUGGCUUCCAGACCAGCAGCAAGGUUGCUUUCCCCUCUCACUUCCGCCGCGUCUACUAAAGCCAUGAUUGAAUUGAAUUUGACUGCUUCGGGUCACGAGCUUGACGCCACGCCUGUACUGAGAUUCCCAAUCGUGGCGUAAAAAAGCACACGCUGGCAUUGU